AUGCCUUCUGCCAGCAAGAAAUCAAGAUUAGCAAAAAGCAAAUCUCGAUCAGAAUCUGGAAACUGUUUCUCUAAAAAUAUAGAAACCAGCAAUGACGACCUGGUUGACUUAUUUGAGAUUGUUGUUGAAGAAGAUAUUACUGUGGAUGACAGAGAACUUCAGGGAAUUACAGAUGAUGUUACUUCUGCCAUCUAUUCUAGCCACUUUCUCAAAUGGCAUGAGGGAGCUGAUAAGUCCCUUCGUGAUACAUAUCAGAAGAAUUCAUUAACAACUGAGUGGAGAAAAAGAAAGACUAUGAAGGAAUCUUUUGAUUUUAAAGGAAGUUAUCUUCUAAUAGUAAAGGGCUUUGCAAUUUUAAGUCGAAAAGAGUCUGUCAAUGAAGAAUUAGAGCCAGUCAAAGUUACUUCUAGGAAAAUAUCUGCGAAUACAAUUUCUCUUCUCAAGCUUGCCUUUAACAAUAUAAAAGAAGAAAUUGUCCCAUUUACUUAUAUAAGUAGUUCAUCUCUGCCAGUAGACCAUUAUGAGCUUUGCAAACUCAAAUCUGUCAAAAGUUACUUAAGACAUAGACUCUCAGAAAGUAAGACAAUGGAAGCAUCCGAGAAAGCAGCUAUGGAACAACAGAAGCCAGAAAGUCUCAGUACUAUUCUGGUUAAGAAACACAUUGAUGAGGUUGUUAUACCAAAAAAACUUGGAAUUCCAGGAAGUGUCUCAACGAGUACAGCGAAUCAAAUGAUGGGAUAUAAGACAAAGAUGGCGAGCUUUGGUGAGAAUGAUGAAGUAACUAUGCCACAGCUAUCAACUGAUAAAGUAGAACAUGUCCUUAUCACCCAUGAUGAGUCAACUUUCUAUUCAAAUGAUGAAAAAGAAGCUAUGUGGCUAGUGGAAGGUGAAAAUCCAAUUUGA